AUGUCGUCGUCCCGGAGCACACGGUCGUCCACCAGCUCCACCAGGAGCCGGCAGAGCGCCCGCCUCCUCGCCCAGACGACCGUGGACGCGAAGCUCCACUCGGAUUUCGAGGAGCAGGGCGACUCCUUCUACUACUCGCAGACGGUGGCGGCGAACCAGAACCAUCCGCCGCCGUCUUCGGCAGCCGGGGAGGAGAAGAAGAGAUCGGAUGUGUCUGCGUACCUGCAGCACAUCCAAAGGGGGAAGCUCAUCCAGCCGUUCGGCUCCCUGCUGGCGCUGGACGAGAAGACCUUCACGGUGGUGGCCUACAGCGAGAACGCUCCGGAGAUGCUGACCACGGUGAGCCACGCCGUUCCUAGCGUCGGCGACCACCCCGCGCUGGGCGUCGGCACCGACGUGAGCUCCAUCUUCACUGCCCCCAGCACGGCGGCGCUGCGGAAGGCGCUGGGCUUCCCGGAGGUCUCCCUGCUCAACCCCAUCCUCGUCCACUGCAAGACCUCCGGCAAGCCCUUCUACGCCAUCGCGCACCGCGUCACCGGCUACCUGGUGGUCGACUUCGAGCCUGUGCGGCCGUUGGAGCUGCCGAUGACGGCGGCGGGGGCGCUGCAGUCGUACAAGCUCGCUGCCAAGGCCAUCUCGCGGCUCCAGCAGCUGCCCGGCGGGAGCCUGGAAAGGCUCUGCGACGCCGUGGUGCGGGAGGUCGCCGAGCUCACUGGGUACGACCGGGUGAUGGCGUACCGGUUCCACGAGGACGACCACGGCGAGGUGGUGGCGGAGGUGGCCGGGCCCGGGCUGGAGCCCUAUCUGGGCCUCCACUACCCGGCCACCGACAUCCCUCAGGCCUCCCGCUUCCUGUUCCUGAAGAACAAGGUCCGCGUGAUCUGCGACUGCCGCGCGAAGCCCGUGAGGGUGAAGCAGGACGAGAAACUCCCCUGCGAGCUCACCCUCUGCGGCUCCACCCUGCGCGCGCCGCAUAGCUGCCACGCGCAGUACAUGGAGAACAUGGGCUCCGUCGCCUCCCUAGUCUUGGCGGUGGUGGUGAAUGAAGGCGACGACGACGACGAGGACGGCGACGGAGGCGGCGGGAGGGAGUCGGCGAGCCCGGGGAGAAGCCGGCUGUGGGGGCUCGUUGUCUGCCACCACGGGUCACCCAGGUUCGUUCCCUUCCCGCUGAGGUACGCCUGCGAGUUCCUGGCGCAGGUGUUCGCCAUCCACGUGAACAAGGAGCUCGUCCUGGAGAGGCAGGCGAGGGAGAAGAGCAUCCUGAGGACGCAGGCGCUGCUCUGCGACAUGCUGCUGCGAGACGCCCCUCUCGGGAUAGUCUCUCGGAGCCCCAGCAUCAUGGAUCUGGUCAGGUGCGACGGUGCCGCCCUCCUCCAUAGGGGCAGGGUCUGGAGGCUCGGGCGGGCGCCGACGGAGGCCCAGGUGCGGGACAUCGCCGAGUGGCUAUGCAAGUACCACGCGGACUCCACCGGCCUGAGCACGGAUAGCCUGCGCGACGCGGGGUACCCGGGGGCAAUGGAGCUCGGGGAGGUCGUCUGCGGGAUGGCAUCCGCCAGGAUCAACUCCGGGGACAUCCUCUUCUGGUUCAGGUCUCACGCCGCCGCGGAGAUUCGGUGGGGCGGCGCGAAGCACGAUCCGGCGGACCGCGACGACGGUGAUGGCGGCGGGAAGAGGAUGCACCCUCGGUCCUCCUUCAAGGCCUUCCUCGAGGUGGUGAAGAUGAGGAGCUCGCCGUGGAAGGACUACGAGAUGGAUGCCAUCCACUCGCUUCAGAUCAUCCUCCGUGGGACCGUCGACGGCGGCGGCGGUGCCAAGAACAGCCCGGCGGAGCGGAACGUCGACGGGAUGGUUGAACUGAGGGCGGUCACCAACGAGAUGGUGCGCUUGAUCGAGACGGCGACGGUACCGAUCCUGGCGGUGGACGCCAACGGCCUCAUCAACGGGUGGAACCACAAGAUCGCCCAGCUGACCGGCCUUCCGGUCCGGCAGGCCAUCGGGAAGCACCUGCUCACCCUCGUCGAGGAGUCGUCCGCCGACAGCGUGAGGAAGAUGCUCUACCUGGCGCUGCAGGGUAAAUAAAUAACGGCCCCCCUUCUUCCUUCCUCUCCUCUCCUCCUCCCCUCCUGGUAGUCAGAGAAGAAUUAGCCGGCCGUCAUGUUCCGCAGGCGAGGAGGAGAAGGAGGUAGAGUUCCAGAUGAAGACGCACGGCGACCGGCGGGAGGAGGGCCCGGUGGUCCUGGUGGUGAACGCCUGCGCCAGCCGCGACCUCCAUGAGAGCGUGGUGGGAGUGUGCUUCGUGGCCCAAGACAUGACCGGGCAGAGGAUGGUGAUGGACCGCUUCACUCGCAUCGAAGGCGACUACAAGGCCAUCGUCCUCAACCCCAGCCCUCUGAUCCCGCCGAUCUUCGCCGCCGACGAGUUCGGCUGGUGCUCGGAGUGGAACCCGGCGAUGGCGAGGCUCUCCGGGUGGGAGCGCGAGGAGGUGGUCGACAAGAUGCUCUUGGGCGAGGUCUUCGGCGCGCAGGCCUCGCUCUGCCAGCUAAAGAACCAGGAUGCCUUCGUCAAUCUCAGCAUCGCCAUCAACGACGCCAUGGCCGGCCAGGAGACCAGGAAGGUACCCUUCGGGUUCCUCAACCGCGGGGGGAAGCACGUGAACUGCCUGCUCUCCGUCAGCAAGAAGGCGGACGCCCAGGGCGCCGUCACCGGCAUCUUCUGCUUCCUCCAGACCGCCAGCCAGGAGCUGCAGCAGGUGCUCCGCGCGCAGCGGCUGUCGGAGCAGACCACGGCAAAGAGCCUCAAGGCCCUGACCUACAUCCGCCACGAGAUCAGGAGCCCCCUCUCCGGCAUUGACUUCUCCAGGGAAAUGCUCCAGCGGACCCCUCUCUCUGACGAGCAGAGGCAGAUCCUCGCCACCGCGGCGAGCUGCCAGCUCCAGCUGGACAAAAUCCUCGGCGACAUCGACCUCGAUAGCAUCACGGACAGGUUCGGCCACCAAAUUCCAUCCUCCUCUGCCAAAUUCAUCCUCUGACCCCCGAUCGAACGCCGCAGCUGCCUGGAUCUGGAGAUGGUGGAGUUCUCUCUGAGGGAGGUCCUGGCCGCUGCGGUGAGCCAGGUGAUGAUCGCAAGCAAGGCCAAGGGCGUGGAGAUCGCCUACGACCUCACCGGGGAGUCCCUGUCGGAGAUCCUCUACGGGGAUCGGCUGAGGCUCCAGCAAAUCAUCGCGGACUUCCUACUGGUUUCAGUGAAGUUCUCCCGAAGCGGCGGCCAGCUCGAGGUCGCUGCGAGCUUGACCAAGGACCGGCUCGGGAAGAGCCUGCACGCCGUCCGAAUGGAGCUCAGGUAGGGUCCGAAUGGAGUCAGUAGUGGCCGGCGAGUCCGUCCAUCGCGUCGCGAUCUCGCCUGGAAUGAAUGAAUGAAUGAAUGAAUCUGAGAACGCCGCCGCUGUCUGGUUGCAGGAUCACGCACCACGGCAAUGGCGUCCCGGAGGAGCUCCUCGCGCAAAUGUUCGGGGACGCGGAUGAGGCCUCCGACGACGGCGUCAGCCUGCUCGUCUGCCGGAAUCUCCUCAGGCACAUGAACGGAGACGUCCGCUAUUUGAGGGAGGCGGCGGGAUCCUCCAUCAUCCUCUCUGCUGAGCUCGCGUCCGCGCAGAAGAACCAGAACCUCAUUCACCCUCCCGAAUAG